CAGAAACAGACAGCAACAAAGCACAGAGACUAAAAGUGAAAGGUUAAAAUGGAGAAGCUGAGAAUCGUUCUGUUGGGUAAGCAAGGAGCAGGGAAGAGCGCAUCAGGAAACACUCUUUUGGGUUGUCAUCCAUUUUACACGGCGGCCAGCUCAGAGCGAGUCACUCAAGCCUGUUCAAUGAGAAUCUCCACUGUAGAUGAACAAACAAUAGAAGUCAUUGACACUCCUGGAUGGUGUGAUUCUUCUCAAUUUGAGACUGAAAUGAAGCAGGAAAUCAUCAACUACAUAAACAUGUGCAUGCCGCAUGUGUUUCUCUUGGUGCUGCCUAUUGGCAGGUUUACCAAUGAAGAGAUAAACACAGUCAUGAAUAUCCUGAAGGAGUUUGGAGAUGAAGUCAACAAAUACAUGAUUGUGCUGUUCACCAAAGGAGAUGAACUGGAUGAUCGGCCCAUUGAAGACUACCUGGAGGAAGUCCACCCAGAUCUGAAGAAAAUCAUUCAGAUAUGUGGAGAAAGAUAUCACGUCUUCAACAACAGAAACAAAAAAGAUCACCAGCAAAUCUCCUCUCUUCUGAAGAAGAUCAAUGACUUGGUGGAGAAGAAUGAAAAAAACUAUUACACCAAAGCCAUGUAUGAAAAGAAUAAGACUGGACAAAAACCUGAAGCAAAUAAUUCAUUCUCAGAAAAAAUAAAAAGACCUGCUGAAAAUGAAAAGAGGCAUGAUGACCAAGGAAGCAGUUGUGAUGCUGAUGAAAAAGAGAAGAAAAAAGGAGAAACAUUGGUUGACAGAAAGGAGCUUGAAAAGUUAAAGAAGAAUAUGGAUGAGCUGACUAAUACCAUCCAAAAUACUGAGAUGAUAUUAAUUAAAGAGAAGGGCCAGUGCAAGAAUGACAUACAGAAACUGGAAAGAGAGCUGAAAAAGAUGCAAGUAGAACUUGUCAGAACAAAGAAUGAACUGCAACUACUGCAACAGAAAGUAUGUCAAAAUGAACAAUUACAACAAGAAUAUAAAAAACGUAAGGAGAUGCAAAGUAAACCAAAGUAGAAUUUACAAUAUAAUCAAAUGGCUCAUAUGCACAGAAGGGAAUUUUGUGUAAUUUAUACAAAUAAAAAAUAAUACAUUUAAUUUAAAAAAUUUGUCAAACCAGAUGAUCAUGAGCCAUCAAAGGUUUUAUGCUCAAAUUUUGAUUCCGUUUUCUAAUUUGGUUGGGUCUUGUUUCAGUUGAAACUAUUCAGGUUAUUACAUUCUAUAUUAAAUAAAUGAAUAAAUUA